GAGUUACCUUUUUAUCCUCAUAACAAUAAAGAUCCAAUUGUUGAUUUCUCGCCUGAUGAAUUAUUAUUGAAUGGAUUCCCCACAACUAAGUUGAGUACUGAUGGAUUUGUUGAUUUUCAUCAUUUAAAAUUAUGUUCUUCAAACGCCAAACAAAUGUCCAAAUAUUUGAUUUUAUGCAUGGGAUUUAGAGAGAUUGCUUAUAAAGGUUUAGAAAAUGAUUCGAGAUUGGUAGCUUCUCAUGUUAUAUCAAAUGGAAAGGUUGUAUUAGAAAUAGUCAAUACCUUGGAAACGGUUGAAGAUGAUAAUAUGUUAAAAUUACCAUAUUUCCAAAGGGAUUUAAAGAAAUUUAAAGAGGUUAAUAAUUUGGAUUAUUUGAAUGAUUUGAAGAUCACAAUCGAUGAUUUGGUAUUUGAUUUUGUUAACAAUAGAAUAGAAAGCUUUUCAAAUAAACUUUCUUCUUCAAUGGUAUCGGCUAAUUCCGAUGGACAUAACUUUAGAUUAGGUAAAAAGAUUUAUAAUAAAAUUGUGAAUUCAAGAAGUUUCAGAAAAUCUAUUGAUGACUACAAUAAUUUUAUUAUAAAUACAAUCAAUAAUUCAGAAAUAAUUUACAAUGAUAUUAUGGAGUGUUCUUUAAUUCAAAAGUUUUUAAAAUCUCAUUGUGAAGGUGUAAUGGAUAUAUCUUUUUUAGUAGAAAAUGUGGACCAAGCAUUUGAAAAAUCAAUAAAGGCUGGUGCUGGAAUUAUAAGACUUCCUAGAAUUAUUCAAGACAAGCAUGGCUCGGUUAAAUUGGCCACUAUAACAAUUCCAAAGACGGAUAUUCAACAUACUUUAAUUGAAAAUAUUGAUUAUAAGGGUAAUUUCUUACCACAUUAUUCUUCAAGCAUAAUUGAAACUACUUCUGAGAUAGAUCUGUUAUUACCCCGAGUUGAAUUAACUUGUGUAGAUCAUUGCGUUGAAAACUAUUCUUGGAACCAAAUGAUGAAUCAGGCUAAAUUCUAUGCCAAAAUUUUCGGGUUCCAUAAGUUUUGGUCAGUUGAUGAGCAAGAUGUGUUUACUGGAGAAACUGCUUUAAGAUCAAUAGUUAUGGCUUCAAGUAACGGGAAAAUUAAAAUGCCAAUCAAUGAACCAGCUAAGAGUAAAAUGAGAGGUCAAAUUGAAGAAUUUAAUGAUUUUAAUGGAGGUCCCGGAGUUCAGCAUAUUGCUUUAAGAACUUAUGAUAUCAUUUCCACAGUUAGUUCCUUAAAGAAAAGAGGUAUUGAAUUUAAUACUACAUCUUUGAAGUAUUAUGAGACUUUAGAAGCCAGAUUAAUAAAGGAUGAUAUCAAAUUAAAGGAAGAUUUCCAAGUUUUAAAAUCUUUGAACAUUUUGGUUGAUUAUGAUCCAAAAACUAGAAAUAAUAAAUCUAAGCACUGUAAUUAUAUUUUACAAAUAUUUACUAAACCAUUGCACGAUCGUCCUACAUUAUUUAUCGAAAUAAUUCAAAGACACCAUCAUAAUGGAUUUGGUAAAGGAACAUUUAAGGGAUUAUUUGAAACCAUAGAAGAACAGCAAAGAAUAAGAGGUACUUUAGUCCCCAUGGUUGAAUAGUUUAGUUUUAUUUUUCUAACAUAAUAUAAAUUACAACGUUGCAUUUUCUUAUUGGUG